UACCUAAACAUUUAUACUUGAAUCCAACAAAUAACAUCAAUAUUUAACAUUUAUAAUCAUAAAAUAAAUAAUUAAAUAAUUUUUAACAAUUAAAGUCACUAAAAAAAGUUAUUUUACUUAGAGAUUCGUAUAUCAAUCAUGCCGGUCAUACCGGUGGUGUCAUACCGGUUUGAUGACCGAUACAGGUUGAACCAGGUACAACCGGUGGCACGCGGCCGGCGUGACAACCCUGUAAAAAUCUCAUUCUGGUCCCCGAAAAAAAUUAAAAAAUAAAGCGCUACCUCGCAGUCGCAGCCACGGGUCCGAAGGCGGGGGAAGAGGAAGACACAAUUCUCGCCGACGCGCCAGUCUACCGUUCCUUCUUUCUUUCUUUUGGGAUAUCUUCGCUCCUAGCAAGAUCUCUCUCUGCCUCGUUUCCCCGAUUCCGUUCUUCUUGGAUCGGAAUCACUUCCAUCAUUCCGAUCCCUCAUUCGCUUGAUCCAGAUCUGUCUCCACCGACGCGCAGGCGUCACCUUCUUCUAUUCGUUGAGGCUCCCUGGCCUCACCAAUUUGUGUUCGCAUCAUGGGGUUUCGUUCAAACCCUAGGAUUCUCCUGGUUUCCGGAUUGGUGCUGUUGUCUCUCUCCUGUAUCUCUGCUCAGGACGCUGCUGUGAACAAUGAAAAAGAGGAAUGGAAUGAUUCAGCAUACAACAGUCUUGGCCGGCGUGGCAUGAUUGGAGGAAGUGACAUCGACAUUAGUUCUGUUAGUUUGGGUGUUUCUUUGGAUACGGGUCUUGGAGUUUUUGAUGCAUUCUUCGCCAGCUUCUCGAUGAUCCUCGUUAGUGAGAUUGGAGAUGAGACUUUUAUCAUAGCAGCUCUCAUGGCAAUGCGCCACCCAAAGUCAACAGUUCUAUCUGGGGCGCUUUCAGCAUUGUUUGUUAUGACAGUACUUUCUACUGGACUUGGAAGGAUUGUGCCAAACUUGAUAUCAAGGAAGCAUACCAAUAGUGCAGCUACAGUUCUGUAUCUAUUCUUUGGAUUGCGGUUGCUUUACAUUGCCUGGAGAUCCGAUUCAAAAUCAUCACAGAAGAAAGAAAUGGAAGAAGUAGAAGAAAAGCUUGAAUCCGGGCAAGGCAAAACGAGCUUCCGCCGCUUCUUCUCUAGAUUCUGCACUCCUAUAUUUCUGGAGGCAUUCAUCUUGACCUUCCUAGCCGAGUGGGGUGACCGUAGCCAGAUUGCAACAAUUGCUUUGGCCACCCACAAGAAUGCAGUCGGCGUCGCAGUUGGCGCAACGAUAGGCCACACCAUCUGCACAUCGGUGGCAGUUAUAGGAGGGAGUAUGCUGGCUUCCAAGAUCUCGCAGAAGACGGUUGCCACCAUUGGAGGGCUGCUCUUCCUGGGUUUCUCCUUGUCCUCUUAUUUCUACCCACCUCUAUAACUAACUGUAUGCUAAUCCUCGAUUCUUUUGUCUCGCCAAGAGCAACACAGCAGAGCAUCUUUCACUUGCAAUUUUCCUCUGCUCUAGUUUCCUUGUCCUUACCACUUCAAGUGACUUGUAAUCCUAAUUCUAUUUUUUUGUAUAAUUAGCAUAUAUCUUACAUGAGUGUUGUAGCUGGUUUUACUUGCGUUAUGUAAAAUCCAUGUCAGUCGCAGUAAAUUUGAAAAUGCUGAAUGAAGCUUAUCGUAGGGUGCCGAUCUUUUAACUUAUCGGCUUUGUCGGCCGAAAAACUGCAACGUUUUCCAAAAUUCUGCAGUAUUGAACCAACCCUAACGAGAAAGCAAAUCCCAAAAUUGUACAGCUGAUGUCGGCGUGUGUUAGAUAAUAGAGCUUCUGCUCUGUCCCAGCAAUCGUGAAUUCUUUGGUAGUGAAAUACGACCCGUGAUGUGGGGCGAUCUCGGCAAAGCCUAUUUCAAGUGUACAAAUGUUUUCGAUUUGAGCUUGGGUUCGAACUCGCUAAAUUUUGCUAGAGAGGAAGAUGAUGGGUUUUUGUGUGUUGGCUUAUUCGUGUUUGUUAUUGUAAUCGGUCUGUUUCGUAAUUAUUAUUUUUUAGAUUGGAUUAGGGUUAGACCGUCUUGAGUAUGUGCUACUUUUUUAAUCUAUACAACCCGCAUUUCUUCAACUAUAGUGAAAAUCAGUCUCUUAAACUCGUGAACUAGCUAAAAUGCAUCGUGCUGGUGCACCGUGUGCUCUUUACUUUCUUGCGGUGUCGAUUUUCCGGUUCCGUUCUAAAAAGUUCGUUCUACAUCUUUGGUUUGGACAAAACAUGUGGGAAGUGCAUUCCGUUGUCUCAUCAAUGCUAGCAAUAAUAGUGUCACAACAUG